GUGCGCAAUCACAACGAACGGGACAGAACAGAUUCGUCUCCAAUAUCAUCCUUCGCAGAAUGAAACUAGGGACUGUAGUUGCCAUAUUUGUCAUGGCAGCCCUGGGCAACGAUCGGAACAGGGGCACAUCGGCAUUUGGACCCGUUUCGAAGAGAGUGGACCCGGUACAAGAAAAUAAGAAGAUCACGCUGAGGAACCAUCUACGGUUAUCCUCCCGCGAAAUACUUACCCUGAACAGUGCUCCUACUGAAGAACGCCUACCACUGAGUCAUCAGAACAGGUUUUUUCUUGAAUUUGAUUUCAACAACUUCAAUGGAGAUUGUGCGGCCAACGCUCACUACGGUCCCACGAUUAAACGGGGUUCACUGUUACGGCUAUGCGACAAUGUUCUUAAUCCGACAAUCCAAAUCGACAGUGACACAUUGAUCUUGACCAAGCAAGAGCAUGAUUUAGUGAUUGAAUUGACGAGCCGUGAUGGAACCACGCUCUAUGCCAACGUUACAUACAAGCUUUAUCCAUAUGUCUUGGGACAAGAAAUGCUUUGCACAAAACCUGAAGAUUGUCCAUACACGGGCACGGAAUGCAAGAAUUCUAAAUGUCUUUGCAAGCCGGACUACGUAUGGCGCCCUAAGGUCAAUACCUGCUUCAAGAACUGCUCACAAACCAAUCUAUGCCCUGCAUCCGCUGACUGCUGGGUAGGAGUCUGCUCAUGCUACCCCGGUAAAAAGCCGGUGAGCGGGAACUGCCAGUCUUCCGAGUGUUCAUCUACCUCUGACUGUGUUGGAGUCAACACCGGCUGCAUUAGCGGGGUCUGCCGUUGCGGCGGUGCCUACACGAAGACGGGCAACCUGGGAGACUGUGAACCAGCUAUCGCCUGCACCGAUCACAGUGACUGUGCAUUCUGGGGGAGCAUGUUGUGCACCGUCUUCAAGAGAUGUGAAUGCUUUAAGAACUCCACUUUCUUCGACGGCUCCUGUACUCCAAAUCAACACUUGGGAUGGUGUCCUUAUGGUGUGUGCUACACUGACAAUUCCGAAUGCGACAAAGGCCUAUGCAGAUGCAAGCCUGACUACACCCAGAAAUGGGGCAUUGCGAGGUCAUGCGCCAAGAAAGAGGAACAGACGUCGGAGCAGGAAUGUACGACGGACGAAGACUGUGGAACUGGAGGCCAGAUAUGCGAAGAAGUGGAAGGUGAAGAUAGAGGCGUUUGCCGCUGCCCAAAAAACAAGCAACUCCAAGGUCUCAAAUGCGUAGAUAUUCCUCGGAAGGUGAGAAAGCUGAACCUGAAGGUUGUCUUCUGGGUAACCAUGGUCUUCGUGGGACUUGUAGUGGAGCUAUUGUGCUUCGGUGGAUGUCUUUACGUGAUGCACGUGAGAGCGCAGAAUGAAGUUGAUGCCCUGGUCCAGCAGCUUCAAGUCACCGAAGACUUCGAAAUCGCCGGCGAUUCCGGCUGACCAAAAAUAGUUUAAAUAGCACGCAGUACUUGACUAAUUCAUUUUAUUCAUCUUACCAAGGAACUAAAAUAAAUUUUGUGUCUCAA